CGCAGGAGGCGGCGGCGCCCGCGGGGCCAGAGCCGCCGGAGCCUGCGGACGACGAGGACCAGGAGGACGAGGAGGGAGCCGAACGCGGCUCCAUGUUCGCCCCCGGUCCGGAGGAGCCCUGCGCCCCCGGCAAAGAGCCGCGGAAAUACGGGGAGCUCGUGGUGCUGGGGUACAAUGGUGCACUUCCUAAUGGAGACCGAGGACGUAGGAAAAGCAGGUUUGCUCUUUACAAACGCUCAAAGGCUAAUGGAGUCAAGCCAAGCACUGUUCAUGUAAUAUCAACACCUCAGGCAUCCAAGGUGAUCAGCUGUAAAGGUCAACACAGUAUCUCUUACACUUUAUCAAGAAAUCAGACAGUAGUGGUGGAAUACACACAUGAUGAUGAUACUGAUAUGUUUCAGGUGGGAAGAUCAACAGAGAGCCCAAUAGACUUUGUGGUAACAGACACAGUUUCUGGCAGUCAAAACAGUGAUGAAACCCAGAUCACGCAAAGUACCAUAUCCAGGUUUGCCUGUAGGAUUGUCUGUGACAGGAAUGCACCCUACACAGCACGGAUUUUUGCAGCAGGAUUUGAUUCUUCCAAAAACAUCUUUCUUGGAGAAAAGGCAGCAAAAUGGAAGAAUCCUGAUGGACACAUGGAUGGACUAACUACAAAUGGUGUUCUAGUAAUGCAUCCCAAAGGAGGAUUCACAGAAGAGUCCAAGCCAGGAGUAUGGCGUGAAAUUUCAGUUUGUGGAGAUGUAUAUACACUGCGAGAAACAAGAUCAGCCCAGCAAAGGGGAAAGCUAGUUGAAAAUGAGACCAACAUCCUACAAGAUGGCUCUCUCAUUGAUCUGUGUGGAGCAACCCUUCUUUGGAGAACAGCUGAUGGUCUCUUUCAUGCUCCAACUCAAAAGCACAUUGAAGCUCUACGGCAAGAGAUCAAUGCUGCCCGACCACAGUGCCCUGUUGGACUGAACACAUUGGCAUUUCCCAGCAUCAAUCAGAAAGAUGUGGUAGAAGAGAAGCAGCCUUGGGCAUACCUCAGCUGUGGUCAUGUGCAUGGCUAUCACAACUGGGGACACCGAAGUGAUACAGAAGCCAAUGAGAGGGAGUGCCCAAUGUGCAGAACUGUUGGGCCCUAUGUGCCUCUUUGGCUUGGCUGUGAGGCAGGAUUCUAUGUUGAUGCUGGACCCCCGACUCAUGCUUUUACCCCUUGUGGACAUGUGUGUUCAGAGAAGUCUGCAAAGUACUGGUCCCUGAUUCCACUGCCUCAUGGCACCCACGCGUUUCACGCGGCCUGCCCUUUUUGUGCCACGCAGCUUGUUGGGGAACAAAACUUUGUAAAAUUAAUUUUCCAAGGUCCAGUUGACUGACGGUAUCUACAAUAGUAUCACUUUAACAAGUUACUGUGAAGAUUUUACCACUAACUGUAGAUUUUACUUUUUUUUAAUAUGUUAAAGGGGUUGAGGGGGAGUACUAAUAGAGAUUGGGAAAAGUGAGGUUACAGUAGUGACAGAUACCUGGCACUUGACAGAAAUCAGUGAUGUCGCAUUGUAAUGGCUGCAUAGUCAUCAAAGCUUAUUUGAUAAGUAUGUUUGUUAUAUGUGUUUGUGAUUGAAUUUUAAAAUGGCAUAUUUGAUUUUAAUCUUGGAUUUUUUUUAACAAAUUUUUUUUCCUUGUAAACUUUGACAAAUCUCUAAAUAAUACUUUUUUCACUAUUAGGAGUUUAACCAAAAGAUUAAUUGGUUUUAUUUUUAUUAAACUAUUACUUUGUAGCCAUCGGUAUUUAAGAUCCUAGAAUUAGAGUUAUAAGCGACCUUAGAGGUCACCUAGUCCAACGUGCUUCUUCACAGAGGAGAGAGCUGAGGCACAAAGUAAGCGUCUUGUCCAAGCCAUGCAGGUGGUUAGCAACAGAGGCAAAAUUGGAACUCAGGGCUGCAAGACUCCUAAAGCCUUUGACACUUUUUCCACAGUACUGUUCUGCUUGUCCUUUAAGAUGUUAACUCAAGAGUUAUAAACAGUGUGUGGAAAUGUUUGCUAACCACAAGAUAGUUAUCUACUUCAGAGUGACCUGAACUAGAUUAAAAUGUAAUUGAUAAAUAUUUAGCAAAAUAAAUAAAAAUGCAAUGGAAAGUAGAUAAUACUUAUGGUUUUCCAAGUCGGUGUGUGGCCUGCAGGGAUUACAUAUGGUUUGUUGUCCCCUGUUUCUGUUGGAAUUCAGCACAAAUGAUUUACAUGAAGUUCUGAAAUGAAAAUGUGACGUUCAGCAAUUAGCACAGAGAAUUGUUUUGAUAUUGGAAACUUUGUGACCUAUUUUUUUAUCAUAUAAAGUUGAGAAAGAAGAUUCAGGUGUUGUAAUAGCUUUUUAAAAUUUGGUUGUCAGAAUUUAAUUGCGUUAUGCACAUUUGUAGAAUAACUUUUGACAUUAUAAACCAUGAAUUCUCCAUAACUUUUGGGUUUGAAUUUUACAGCCUGUCCCUGCUAUGUACCUUGCAUGCCUAGGACUAUGUGAUUAAUUAAAAUGUAGCAUCUCUCACAAUUCGUUAGGUUGGCAUUAUUGCAGGAGAAGAGAUUGUUUGGGCACCAUAAUACCAAAUUAUGCAUAUAUAGAAUCAUUUAUUGAGUUUAAAAAGUGAUUGCAAAUUGGUUGGGGUUUUUUUUAAGCUCACUUGCAUAUUUUUUGGACUUGGAUGUAUCCAACAUUCUAUGAACGAAAAGCUCACCUCAGACUGUGAUGAAACAGUAGAUUUUGUUCACUCUACUUCACACCAUCUGUCACCUUCUGUUGCAGCUUGAGGAACACUGUAAGUUUUGAAAAUGUUUGCAAAUCAAACUAAAUUUAAAUGUGAUCAUUAGAUAUACACAACACCCAAUGAUGCUUCUGCAGAGAUAAUUUGAAAUGUUUGAUUUUAAGCCAGCAAAUAAGUGUUUACUGAGGAAUAAUUAUAUUAGAAUUUCUUAUGAGCUCCAGGAUCCCAUUCAGUUGGCUUUAUUUAAUUGUGAAUAAUAAUUCUGUGAUACCUCUGGUAACAAGUAUAGAGACUAUCAGUCUAUCCAGGAUGAAAAUGUUCAUUUGGGAGAAUAUUAAUAGCUAUCUGAAAAGAAAUGAAAAUCUACUGAAUGAACAAUAUUUUAAACUAUAAUUUCUAUUAAAUUGACCAUUGGAGCUUUUUAUGCUACCCAUGAGACCUUUGUAUAGACAUAUAAUUUAUAUAACUUUAAUAUAUUGUGUGUAUAUAUCUAUAAAUAUAUACUUGAUUGGCCUGUUGAUGUUUUGACUGUAAAUUGUUUUAUAGUUCAUCUGUAAGCCUAGCAUUUUUAAUUCCCUUUACUCAUGGGUGAUGAGAGGUGUUGGUUUUGUUUGCUGCUGUUUUUAAUAUCUUAUUAUAUAAAAUGUCA